AAAGGGUAGGAAUUUCUGCUUGUGGCUCCGCGUCAGCAGGCCGACAGCAGUGUGUGUGUGUCUGCGAGCGAGAUCCAGUCCAGAGCGGCAGCAGUUAUAGCCAGCGCCUCCCCCACCACCACCACCACCUUCCCCCUCCUCCUCCUCCGAUCGCAUCUCCUCUCCUCCGUCCUCCCCUCCCGUCGCCCGUCUCAGCCUCCUCCGAGCUCGCUCGCUCGCUCGCUCGCCACGACAUUCUGUAGGAAAUGGCUGACGGUGAGGACAUCCAGCCCCUUGUCUGCGACAAUGGAACCGGAAUGGUCAAGGCUGGUUUCGCUGGAGAUGAUGCGCCAAGGGCUGUUUUCCCUAGCAUAGUUGGUCGCCCUCGGCACACUGGUGUCAUGGUAGGGAUGGGGCAGAAGGAUGCCUAUGUCGGUGAUGAGGCGCAGUCCAAGAGAGGUAUCCUCACCCUCAAGUACCCCAUCGAGCACGGUAUCGUGAGCAACUGGGAUGACAUGGAGAAAAUCUGGCAUCACACCUUCUACAAUGAGCUCCGUGUGGCACCUGAGGAGCACCCUGUGUUGCUCACUGAGGCUCCUUUGAACCCAAAAGCCAACAGAGAGAAGAUGACCCAGAUUAUGUUUGAGACUUUCAAUGUUCCUGCCAUGUACGUCGCAAUUCAGGCCGUGCUUUCCCUCUAUGCAAGUGGUCGUACUACCGGUAUCGUUCUCGACUCUGGUGAUGGUGUCAGCCACACUGUGCCCAUUUACGAAGGAUACGCGCUUCCUCAUGCCAUUCUUCGUUUGGAUCUUGCUGGCCGUGAUCUCACGGACUCCCUUAUGAAGAUCCUCACCGAGAGAGGUUACUCCUUCACAACCUCAGCCGAGCGGGAAAUUGUAAGGGACAUCAAGGAGAAACUUGCGUAUGUUGCCCUUGAUUAUGAACAGGAGCUGGAGACUGCCAAGAACAGCUCCUCAGUUGAGAAGAGCUACGAGCUUCCUGAUGGUCAGGUGAUCACGAUUGGCGCAGAGAGGUUCAGGUGCCCUGAGGUCCUCUUCCAGCCAUCCAUGAUCGGCAUGGAGUCUUCUGGAAUCCAUGAGACAACCUACAACUCCAUCAUGAAGUGUGACGUGGAUAUCAGGAAGGACUUGUAUGGCAACAUUGUGCUCAGUGGUGGCACAACUAUGUUCCCAGGUAUCGCUGACCGUAUGAGCAAGGAGAUCACAGCCCUUGCUCCGAGCAGCAUGAAGAUCAAGGUCGUCGCUCCACCUGAGAGGAAGUACAGUGUCUGGAUCGGAGGGUCCAUCUUAGCCUCACUCAGCACUUUCCAACAGAUGUGGAUAUCCAAGGAUGAGUACGACGAGUCUGGCCCGGCGAUCGUCCACAGGAAGUGCUUCUGAUCUCCACGAAACGCUCCGCCGCCGUUAUCAUCUAGUCUCGGGUUAUGUUUGGUUCAUUCUUCUAGAAAUGUAUUGCGUAUUUGCAAGCUAUGUUUUUUUUCCAGACGUGACGUGAGUACUCUCGGGAUAUGCCACCUAUAUACGUGGCGGCUCCAUGGUGCAAGUGCAAGUACACUAUAUCUAUGUUUGUGCAUUGUCACAGUGUGUUUGUGAGAUCAGUUGUCAAACUUGGGUUGGCUUGAUUUGUUGUUGGAGUUGUCUGUAAUAGCUCAUGGUUUUUGCUAUGUAUUUUUAUAUCUUAUUAUUGCUCUAAGGGGAGAAUCAUGGUAAAUUAUGGAUUUUUUUAA